CAUGGGGUCGGGUGAGCGCUGAGAGUCGCGGCCGCAGCCAUCAGCCCUGGAGAUGACCAGGGGCGGCCACUGCUGAGAACUAUGUGGAGAGAGGCUGCGAGCCCUGAUGCAGAGCCUCCGGCUGGGAUAGCCGCCCCCCGUGGGGGCGAUGCGGACAGCGCGGGACAGCCAGUGGAGCGCGCGGGGGCCGCAGCAUGCGGUAACCCGCUAAACCCGGUGGCUGCUGAGGCAGCCGAGAUGCUCGUGCGCGCAGCGCGCCCCACUGCAUCCUCGACCUUCUCCGGCUACAGGGACCGUAAGUGGCGACUAUGGGCAGACUGGGUUAUUGGACCCUGCUGGUGCUGCCGGCCCUUCUGGUCUGGCGCGGUCCGGCGCAGGGCGCGGCGGCGGAGAAGGGUCCCCCGGCGCUGAACAUCGCAGUGCUGCUGGGUCACAGCCACGACGUGACGGAGCGUGAACUGCGAAACCUCUGGGGCCCCGAGCAGGCAGCAGGGCUGCCCCUGGACCUGAACGUGGUAGCACUGCUGAUGAACCGCACGGACCCGAAGAGCCUCAUCACGCACGUGUGUGACCUCAUGUCAGGGGCGCGCAUCCACGGCCUGGUGUUUGGGGAUGAUACCGACCAGGAGGCCGUGGCCCAGAUGCUGGAUUUUAUCUCCUCGCAGACUUUCAUCCCCAUCCUGGGCAUCCACGGGGGCUCAUCUAUGAUCAUGGCUGACAAGGAUCCAACGUCUACCUUCUUCCAGUUUGGAGCGUCCAUCCAGCAGCAAGUCACCGUCAUGCUGAAGAUCAUGCAGGAUUAUGACUGGCAUGUUUUCUCCCUGGUGACCACCAUCUUCCCUGGCUACAGGGACUUCAUCAGCUUCAUCAAGACCACGGUGGACAACAGCUUUGUGGGCUGGGACAUGCAGAACGUGAUCACACUGGACACGUCCUUCGAGGAUGCAAAGACACAAGUCCAGUUGAAGAAGAUCCACUCCUCCGUCAUCUUGCUCUACUGUUCCAAAGACGAGGCCGUCCUCAUCCUGAGUGAGGCCCGCUCCCUCGGCCUCACUGGGUACGAUUUCUUCUGGAUCGUCCCCAGCUUGGUCUCGGGGAAUACGGAGCUCAUCCCCAAAGAGUUUCCAUCGGGACUUAUUUCUGUCUCCUACGAUGACUGGGACUACAGCCUGGAGGAAAGGGUGAGGGACGGCCUGGGCAUCCUGACCACUGCUGCAUCUUCCAUGUUGGACAAGUUCUCCUACAUCCCCGAGGCCAAGGCCAGCUGCUACGGGCAGAUGGAGAAGCCAGAGGUCCCACUGCACACGCUGCACCAAUUUAUGGUCAAUGUGACAUGGGAUGGCAAAGACUUGUCCUUCACUGAGGAAGGCUAUCAGGUGCACCCCAGGCUGGUGGUCAUCGUGCUGAACAAGGACCGCGAAUGGGAAAAGGUGGGCAAGUGGGAGAACCACACCCUGAGCCUGAGGCACGCCGUGUGGCCCAGGUACAAGUCCUUUUCGGACUGUGAGCCAGACGACAACCAUCUGAGCAUCGUCACACUGGAGGAGGCCCCCUUUGUCAUCGUGGAAGACAUAGACCCGCUGACGGAGACGUGUGUGAGGAACACUGUGCCAUGUCGGAAGUUCAUCAGAAUCAACAAUUCAACCAAUGAGGGCAUGAAUGUUAAAAAAUGCUGCAAGGGGUUCUGCAUCGAUAUCCUAAAGAAGCUUUCGAGAACAGUGAAGUUUACCUAUGACCUUUACCUGGUGACUAAUGGGAAGCAUGGCAAGAAAGUUAACAAUGUGUGGAAUGGAAUGAUUGGUGAGGUGGUUUAUCAACGGGCAGUCAUGGCAGUUGGCUCACUCACCAUCAAUGAGGAACGUUCUGAAGUGGUGGACUUCUCUGUGCCCUUUGUGGAGACGGGAAUUAGUGUCAUGGUUUCAAGAAGCAAUGGCACUGUAUCACCUUCUGCUUUUCUAGAACCAUUCAGCGCCUCCGUCUGGGUGAUGAUGUUUGUGAUGCUGCUCAUUGUAUCCGCCAUAGCUGUUUUCGUAUUUGAAUACUUCAGUCCUGUUGGAUACAACAGAAACUUAGCCAAAGGGAAAGCACCCCAUGGGCCUUCUUUUACGAUUGGAAAAGCUAUAUGGCUUCUUUGGGGCCUGGUGUUUAACAACUCCGUGCCUGUCCAGAAUCCUAAAGGGACCACCAGCAAGAUCAUGGUGUCCGUGUGGGCCUUCUUUGCCGUCAUAUUCCUGGCCAGCUACACGGCUAAUCUGGCUGCUUUCAUGAUCCAGGAGGAGUUUGUGGACCAAGUGACUGGCCUCAGUGACAAAAAGUUUCAGAGACCUCACGACUAUUCCCCUCCCUUUCGAUUUGGCACGGUGCCCAACGGCAGUACGGAGAGAAACAUUCGGAACAACUACCCCUACAUGCAUCAGUACAUGACCAAAUUUAAUCAGAAGGGAGUAGAGGACGCCUUGGUCAGCUUGAAAACAGGGAAACUGGACGCUUUCAUCUAUGAUGCUGCGGUCUUGAAUUACAAGGCUGGGAGGGACGAAGGCUGCAAGCUGGUGACCAUUGGAAGUGGGUACAUCUUUGCCACCACUGGUUAUGGAAUUGCCCUCCAGAAAGGCUCCCGUUGGAAGAGGCAGAUUGACCUGGCCCUGCUCCAGUUUGUGGGUGAUGGGGAGAUGGAAGAGCUGGAGACCCUGUGGCUCACGGGGAUCUGCCACAACGAGAAGAACGAGGUGAUGAGCAGCCAGCUGGACGUCGACAACAUGGCGGGUGUGUUCUACAUGCUGGCGGCCGCCAUGGCCCUCAGCCUCAUCACCUUCAUCUGGGAACACCUCUUCUACUGGAAGCUGCGCUUCUGCUUCACGGGCGUGUGCUCCGACCGGCCGGGCCUGCUCUUCUCCAUCAGCAGGGGCAUUUACAGCUGCAUUCACGGGGUGCACAUUGAAGAAAAGAAGAAGUCUCCAGACUUCAAUCUGACCGGAUCCCAGAGCAACAUGUUAAAACUCCUUCGGUCAGCCAAAAACAUUUCCAACUUGUCCAACGUGAACUCCUCAAGAAUGGAUUCCCCCAAAAGAGCUGCUGACUUCAUUCAAAGAGGAUCCCUCAUCAUGGACAUGGUUUCAGAUAAGGGAAACUUGGUAUAUUCAGACAACAAGUCCUUUCAGGGGAAAGAGAGCAUUUUUGGGGACAACAUGAAUGAACUGCAAACCUUCAUGGCCAACAGGCACAAGGAUAACCUCAACAACUAUGUGUUCCAGGGCCAGCACCCUCUGACUCUCAAUGAGUCUAACCCUAACACAGUGGAGGUGGCCGUGAGCACGGAAUCCAAAGGGAACUCCAGGCCCCGGCAGCUUUGGAAGAAAUCCAUGGAAUCUCUACGCCAAGAUUCGCUGACCCAGAACCCAGUCUCCCAGAGGGAUGAGGGAACCGUGGAGAACAGGAGCUACUCCCUAAAGAGUCCUAGGUACCUUCCAGAAGAGGUGGCCCACUCGGACAUCUCAGAAACUUCGAGCCGGGCCACGUGCCACCGGGAGCCUGACAACAGUAAGAACCACAAGGCCAAGGACAACUUCAAAAGGUCAGUGGCCUCCAAGUACCCCAAGGACUGCAGCGAGGUCGAGCGCUCCUACCUGAAAACCAAAGUGAGCUCCCCCAGGGACAAGAUCUACACCAUUGAUGGGGAGAGGGAGGCCAGUUUCCACCUCGAUCCUCCCCAGUUUGUCGAAAACGUGGCCCUUCCCGAGAACGUGGACUUCUCCAAUGUCUACCAGGACCAUAGUGACAGUUUCCGCAAGGGGGACUCCACACUGCCCAUGAACAGGAGUCCCCUGCACGAUGAAGAUGGGCUCCCCAACAAUGACCAGUAUAAACUCUACUCCAAGCACUUCACCUUGAAAGACAAGAGUUCCCCUCACAGCGAGGGCAGCGACCGGUACCGGCAGAACUCCACGCACUGCAGGAGCUGCCUGUCCAACCUGCCCACCUAUUCAGGCCACUUCACCAUGAGGUCCCCCUUCAAAUGCGACUCCUGCCUACGGAUGGGGAACCUCUAUGACAUUGACGAAGACCAGAUGCUUCAGGAGACAGGUAACCCAGCUACCCAGGAGGAGGUCUACCAGCAGGACUGGGCACAGAGCAGCGCCCUCCAGUUCCAAAAGAACAAGCUGAGGAUUAGCCGGCAGCAUUCCUACGAUAACAUCCUCGACAAACCCAGGGAGUUGGACCUUAGCAGGCCCUCCCGGAGCAUAAGCCUCAAGGACAGGGAGCGGCUUCUGGAGGGAAACUUGUACGGGAGUCUCUUUAGUGUCCCCGCCAGCAAACUCUCGGGGAACAAAGGCUCCCUUUUCCCCCAGGGUCUGGAGGUCAGCAAACGGAGCAAGUCUCUCUUGCCAGACCACACCUCCGAUAACCCUUUCCUCCACUCCUAUGGGGAUGACCAACGCUUAGUUAUUGGGAGGUGCCCCUCGGACCCUUAUAAACACUCUCUGCCAUCCCAGGCAGUGAAUGACAGCUAUCUCCGAUCGUCCUUGAGGUCGACGGCAUCAUACUGUUCCAGGGACAGUAGAGGCCACAGCGAUGUGUAUAUUUCGGAGCAUGUUAUGCCUUAUGCUGCAAAUAAGAAUAAAAUGUACUCUGCCCCCAGGGUUUUAAAUUCCUGCAGCAAUAGACGCGUGUACAAGAAAAUGCCUAGUAUUGAAUCCGAUGUUUAAAACCUUCCAUUAAUGUUUUAUCUAUAGGGAAACAUAGUUAAUGGCCAACGUUCCGGAGGAUAAAGUUGGAUGUCCAAUAGUGCCCUGCAAGAGCAAGAGGAUUUAGGAAGGUAUUUUUCUGUUGGUUCUUUUGCACAUGGCUCCAUGCCACAGUCUUCCACUCAAGGAAUCUUGUGAGGUGUGUGCUGAGCGUGGCAGAUACCAGAUAGGUGAGUCCUUAACCAAAAAUCAACCCAUAAAAGGGCAAGUCUCCUGGACAUGCCUGCUAGGUAUGUUGGCAAUAAUGACGCGUUGGAUGCCAAUGGUGAUGUGAUGAUUUCCUAUAUUCCAAAUUCCAUUAAGGCCAGUCCACCAUGUAAUUUCCUCAUCAGAAAUGCCUAAUGGUUUCUCUAAUACAGAGUAAGCAAUAUGGUAUGCAUGUAAAUCUGACACAGACAAAACAAGAAUGCAUCUGCACUGUAGCGGGAUUGACACGUGCAAGAGAUUAGGAAGUUUGGAUUUAUAACUGGUCCAGCUUUAUUGUUAUGCCUUCCAUCACAGCCCCGGCCCAACCCCAGAACUCCAGGCUCCCCCAAGGAGUAGCAAAUCAGUGUGUUUGUGGUCACUCUGCUAGCUUCACGGUAGUCCAUUUCCAAGACACAUCUGGAGUAAAAGGCCAGAAGGGCCCUCAGGCAGAGAGCUGCCGGAAUCCCUUUGGAUGUCGAUUUGUGUAUUUCACAGACACUCUCUCACCCUUGGCUUCGAUGGUCUUGUUCAGAGCUGCAUAAACUCACACAUUUGUGUCUUCAAUAUCGUGUAAGUGUGGACCUUCUGUCUAUGACACAGCGGCCGUUGUAGUUUAUCCCGAAGACUCCUGUGUACGUAAGUUUGCAUUUCCCCCUUCUGGUGAUGACUCAGGGUUGUAUAGUAUCUGUUACCCUUCCCCCGCAGAGUAACCAUCACUCGUUCAGUCCCCGAAUCGCCGUGGUGGCGUUUCAUUGCGUGUUGCUCUUCCCAGUGUGGUGAAUGUGGUGGCAUGUGCCAGCAGCCAUAUGUGUACUGCGAUCCUUAAGAAGUAAAAGGCCAUCCGUCUGCUGAAGGCCAGCAUGGCUGUAGGGUUAUCUUCCUUAACGUCCUGAAAUUCAGCUGGACACUCGUCUCCAGCCCCACUUCCUUAAAUCAAAAGCCUUCAAAACAUGAGAGACACUCAUGCAUCUACCCUGAGCAGCCUCCAAAUUGUGGAUAAACUUUAGUGGGACAAGUGAUUUCUCUCUUCUGGAAUAGUCACUCUGUUGGAGGCAAACUGCCUCACUAGCACCAACGGGAGAUGAAAAAUUCCUCGAAGCAUUUGUCAUUUCCGAGUCACCUCCAUUCUCACUCUACUCAAACCUGUGCAUAAAUGAUAUGAGGUGAUACUCAUUUUGUAAACCUUGGGGGAAGGGUAGAGAAUCUUUAUGCGUGAGAAGCUCUUAGCACAGUGCCUGGUACAUGCAGUGUGGCCCCCCAGAAUUAAGGCAGUUGUUAUGAUACUUCAUCAGACAAGAAUUUUCUAGUUUAAAAAUUAAAUAUGAUGAAAC